AAAGUGAGCAAAGAAAACGUCCUCUCUAGUUUUAGAAACAACACUAGAGAGAGGAAAAGAGAAGAUAGAGAGUUGAACAAGAAGAGAAAGAAGAACACAAAAAUGGGGAGAGCUCCUUGUUGUGUUAAGGCUAAUGUGAAAAGAGGGCCAUGGUCACCAGAAGAAGAUGCCAAACUCAAAGAGUUCAUUGAAAAAUAUGGAACUGGUGGAAAUUGGAUCGCUUUUCCUCAAAAAGCUGGACUGAAGAGAUGUGGGAAGAGUUGCAGAUUGAGAUGGCUAAAUUAUCUAAGGCCUAAUAUAAAGCAUGGUGACUUUACUGAUGAUGAAGAUAGAGUUAUCUGCAGUUUGUAUGCCAAUAUUGGGAGCAGGUGGUCAAUUAUAGCUGCUCAAUUACCAGGAAGGACUGACAAUGAUAUCAAGAACUACUGGAACACAAAGCUAAAAAAGAAACUCAUGGCGUUGAAUAUUCCUUCAUCAAAUAAUCAAAGAUUACCAUUCUUUCCAUCUCCAAUACCACCACCCCAACCACAGACAAUUUCAAAUCUUUUUAGAGACACAUAUUACAAUACCCCAAAUAGGUCUUUCACUGGCCUGGUACAGUCCAAUGCACCAGUCCAACAAAAUAACAUUAACUUUUCUUUGGGUACUAAUAAUCAAUAUUCUGAUUAUUUACAAAGUCAUGAAAGAUUGGUCAAUUCCUUGAAAUAUUGCACAUUGAAAGAUAAUUUGCUAAUGUUUGGAGGGAGUACUGAAGCAAGCUGUUCCUCAUCUGAUGGAGGUUGUAGCCAAAUGAGCUAUGCAAAAGAAAUCAAGAAGGAAGAAAUAGGUAAUUGUAAGUUUUCUAAUUAUGAGGAUACUCAAAAGUUCAAUAUUCUUGAUUAUGGCAACAAUAAUAUUAGCACUUGGGCAGAUCAACAAAAGCCAAAUGGGUAUUUGGGGAACAACACUCAAAUUCAACUCCAGUAUGAUCUUGAAGAAGUUAAGCAGCUGAUUGGUAGUGGCAAUGGCAAUGGCAGUGGUUGUAAUAAUAAUAGUUUGUUCUUUAAUGAUGAAAACAAGACAGAUGCGAGGGGGAUGUACUAUUACCUAGGAAGUGAUCUAAACUGACUGUAUAAAAAAAGGAACUGUAUUAUCAGAAAGAUUUGAAGUAAGCAGAGACUCAGAUUCACUGAAAAAAACAAGGACUUAUUAGUUUAUGGGGUUUUGUGCAGUUGUGAUGUAAUUGAAUGGAAGUAACUCCUUUGCUUUGGCAAUUGGCAGUACAUAUGGAUAUGGUAAAGCUUUUCUUUUGGAUACUC